GAAUCGCUUCUCCCAUCUCUGCGGCACCCAGCCAACGCAUCCCCCUGGAGCAGCGCAUUCCGAUCACUGCUCUUGCGAGCAACUUCAGGGAAAGGGGGGCGGGGGAGCCCGGCGAACCUCGUGUCACCCGUCCGCACGACCCUUCCUCCACGCUCGCGGUCACUUUCACGCGUCCCUUUCUUUUUUGCGCUCAAGAGGAGAAGGGUGUGUGUGUGUGUUUCCAUACCUUUUUUGCCAAUUGGCUUCUCCCCCCCCCCCAAAAAAAGCACGCCACCCAACUUUGGAUAUCUGCCUAUUUAUUAUUUAAAAAUUCUUCUUAAAAUGCAUUGCUAUACAAACUUUGCGGCGAUGAUUUUAAGCAAGCCUUAAUCAGACCUCGUGGUGGUGGUGGAUUUUUUUAAAAAAAAGGAAAGGGGAGGGGAAAUUAACCCCUAUCAGUUGUUUGCACCGCGAUUUAAAUGGCUGUUGCUUGCAAGUCUGCAGCCGCCCCUGCUGGCCAGCUUCGCCCCCCGCUGCUGAAGUCUGUUGCUUUGCUCGGGGACCUGUAAAAAGGAUGGCGGUGGCGGCUACUUUGUAAAGAGCCCGCUGGACUAAAUCGGGCAAGCGAUCUGUCCCGGUUUGCCGGAGAGAGGAGCGCAAGAUUCGCAGCAGUUCCGGAGAGAGGAGCCGGUUUCUGGUUCGAGUGAGGGUGGAUCGACAACCCCUUUGCAAAAGAGCAGAGGGAUUGAGCAGGGGUCUGAGGCUGCGGGGAUGGGGGACACGGCUCCCCCUCAAGCCCCGGGUCUCCUGGGAGGAGGAGGAGGCGGCUCCGUGGCGGCGCCGCGGGUGCACAGCGCGAUCGUGGAGCGGCUGCGGGCGCGCAUCGCCAUCUGCCGCCAGCACCACCUGAGCUGCGAGGGGCGCUACGAGCGGGGCCGGGCGGAGAGCUCGGGCCGCGAGCGGGAGAGCACCUUGCAACUCCUCAACCUGGUGCAACACGGCCAGGCAGCCAGGAAAGGAGGGAAGCACAGCAAGGCGGCGGCGGCCAAUGGUCACAGCGGAGGCGGCGGCAGCAUCGGGGCCUCGGCUCCUCCUGCGAACGCUGCAGCGCCCCCACCGGCGGACUACUAUCGCCAGCAGCUGAUCAGCAACGGAACGACUGGUGGCAGAAGUGGGAUCAACGGUGAGCAGCCCGGAUCGGCCUCUGGAGGGGAGCAGAGGAACCCCGCGCUGAUUGCGCUCCAAGGUUCCUUGAAGAGAAAACUGGUUGUGAAUCUGUCGCCGGCCAUUAACAAGAGGUCCAAUGGCAUUGCCGACUGCACCUUCCUUGAUAUUAAGAGGAUCCGAGUGGGCGAUAAUAACCUUUCUGUGGGGCAAGGUGGACACUGUGGCAACAAUUGCCCAAACCAGCCGGUGUUGGGAACCUUGACGGCUGAACAAGGCGCUCAGAGGAAAGUCGGCAGCCCAACCGGCAACACCCACUCGAACGCAAACGGGAUGUUCAACAUGACUCUAAAGGAGGUCAAGAAAGAGCCUGGUGAAACCAGCUCUUGCAGCAAGCACUUGGAUGGGCAGGGCUCCCAGGGCAAUCCUUUCCCCAUCCGAUACGGAGAAGACGCAGGGGAACAGUUGAUGGACCCGGAACUUCAGGAGCUGUUCAAUGAGCUGACAAAUAUUUCGGUGCCGCCCAUGAGCGACCUCGAGCUGGAAAACAUGAUCAACGCCACCAUCAAUAAAGACGAGCCCUUUAGCAUGGACCUCGGGCAGCAGCAGGUCCAGAGAGCUCCCUCAGCCAGGUCUUCCUCCUUGCAGAUGGACAAGAUGGUGAUCAAGCAAGAGUACUCGCCAGGCUUGAACCAAGCUUCUGUGGGGUCUCCCCAGAUGAGGCCUCCUUCCACGGGCUCAGCUUACACUAUGUCCGGGGCUGUUAUGUCCGCCUCAUCGCCGAUUCCUUCAGCACCUCAGACUCCUCCAUCUCAAGGGUCUUCAGUUCCCAACCGGCCCUUGGCCAGCUGGCAGGAGGUCUCCCAUGCCCAGCAGUUGAAGCAGAUCGCGGCCAACCGGCAGCAACAUGCCCUUAUUCAGCAGUGCCAGCAAAGCCAGCCGCCGUCCCCCUGGCCCGUCGAGCCUUCUCCCGGGUCCUUUGUCCAGGAGAAGAUCUCCAGCCCACCUUUCCACCAGCAGCAGUUCAGCCCUCAAAGCUCUGGGAUGCCUGGCGUCCCCGGGAAUGGGAACCAGCCGAAAGCGAUGAAUAACUACCUUUACCGGCCAAGCUCCAUGCCCCAGGGGAAUCCCAUGAACAUGAUGAUGCAGCGAAAGCCUCAGGACCUCAACAGGGGUUAUAUAAGCAGCGGCCAGAUGUCUCUGGAAGAGCCUCAGAACAACAUCAAGCCUUUGUUUCAUUUCAACUCGGAGCAAGCCAGCCAGCAGAUGCCUUCCGUUUUGGGUUCCCAAAACAAGCCUUCCAUUCUGCACUAUGCACAGCAGCAGCAGCAGCAGCAGCAGCAGCCUAACUCUGCCGCGGUGCAACAGCAGAACCAGCAGCAGCAGCAGCAGACACGGCCACCCCAGCCCCUCCAAAGCCAGCCUCUGCAGAGGCCACCAAACAUACCCUUAGCUUUGCAGCAGAAGAUCCUGCUGCAGAAAAUGCUGCAAGGCCAGCUUCAGUAUCCUGCCCCGCCUCAGCACCAGCUGGAUCAACACUCCGUGCUGGGCCAAAGCGCAGGCCCCAAUCCAACGUCAAACGCUUGCACGAAUCCAAAUGCUGCGAGCAGCUACAUGAACUCACCUCAGCAGGCUCUGCUGAAUCAGCAGCUGAAACAACAACUCCUUCUGCAGCACCAGCAGCAGCAACAACAACAAAAGAUACUAACUGAAGCGGAGAAAAUGACUCCGCAGGAUCAGCUGAACCGGCACUUGACGAGGCCCCCGCCAGAUUAUAAAGACCAAAGAAGGAACCAGGUCAACAUGCAGCAAACACAUCCGUAUUCAGGUGGAUCGCCAGCCGUGAGCGUCAGCUCCAACCUCUGCUUUUCCAACUCGAUUUCAACUCCCAGCCUCUCACCACAGGCAUCCGGUCUUUUGACCACCACUCACGGAGCCAGAAUGCCUUCUCUCCCGACGACACGCCACCUGGUCUGCUACGGGAACAUUCCUUGCAGCCAACCCAGCGCAUACAGCGUGGCUGCAUCAGGCGCGAUCCAAGUGUCGCAGCACAGGAACCCGAACCAAAUGAUCUCCAACCAGCAAAGCAAUUCCGCAGCAUCUCGGCAAGGGCCGCCGGGGCAAGGCAGUAAUAACAGCCUGUUGGCGUAUGACGGCGGGCCCGGGAUCAGCUCUCAGCAAGGCAAACUCAGCUUGAACCAAGGGACUUCUUCUGCACCAAGGCCUCCGAACGUCAUGGUCAGCUCAAAUUCGGCAACUCCAACCUGGGCCUCACAAGAAACAGGAGCGAAGCAGCAGGAAACACGCAAGGCCGUGGGGUCCCCUUUCCCCGCGGGCAGCCCCUAUACAAACCAACCGCUGCAGCACACAUCUGCCCACCAGCAGUUUCCCCAGCGCGCCAUGGGGCCUGCUCCUAACCAGCUGGCCGCCCCACAGAUAAGAACGCCCACGAGCCAAAUGAACCAAACUCUAAAUGGGCAAGCGUCUGGGGCGCCAAAAUCCCUGGGGGCAAGGCCUGGCCAGGUACGGGCUCAGACAGUGCCACACUUAAAUCCACCCGGGGUUAGCAUGGCAGCGCCAAACUCCUUGCCGUCAAACCAUUUCCCAUCUAGUAGUAGCCAGGCUUCUGCCAGGGCCUACCAGGGAACCGACCACACCAGCGACCUGGCAUUUGACUUUCUGAACCAGCAAGGCGACAGCAUGGGGCCGGCCCUCAACAGCGACCCGGACUUCAUCGAUUCUUUGUUAAAAACAGAGCCGGGUAACGAUGACUGGAUGAAGGACAUCAACCUUGAUGAAAUCCUAGGUGGCCACUCCUGAGGCAGAGCAGCAGGCGGUUGCAAACUCACGGAGCGGGUGGCAGUGGUGUUUGGUUUUUUAAGGCCCGAAAGCCAGGAUUGCACUCCGCAAAGUUUUUCAGAGGGAACGUGUCUUUGGAGUGUUUUCAGGAAAACCAAACUUUGCUCUCCCGAUGGUUCAAGGGGCUCCUCGUAGUCGGGAAUGAGGAGCGGAAUCAGAGAGGUGUCUGCGCCUGUUCAAAAUGUGUAGGCCCAUCUUCGUACCUAGAAAGCUAAGCAAGAGCACAGGAGGAGACGUUGGUUGCUUGUCCUACUCUUGUGUAGCUUGCAUAGCUGUUCACUUGGGCAUGCGGACACAUAACCACAAAUUUUGAACAGAGAAGAAAAGGUAUAUCCCAGAAAACGUCCAGCCUGAAACUGUUGAGUUAAUUUAUCAGGAGCAGUUGUGAAAAAUCGGGAAAGUGCAUUGGUCAAGUGCAUACUUUUUAUAGAGAGGGUCACAGCUUUUAUUCCUUCCACCACCAGGUAAGGUCAGAAUGACCUGCCUGAAACCCUGGAAGGCCACAGAUUGCCUGUGUAGACAAAGGCAAUACCUUGGUUUUCGAGCAGCUUGGCUCCCGAACGUUGCAAACCCGGAAGUGACUGUUCUGGUUUGCGAACUAUUUUUGGAAGCCGAAAGUCUGACGGGGCUUCCGCAGCUUCUAAUUAGCUGCAGGAUUGGCAGCUUCCUGCAGCCAAUCAGAAGCCACAAUUUGGUUUCCGAAUAUUUUGAAAGUCAAACGGACUUUCGGAACGGAUUCCGUUCGACUUCCAAGGUAUGACUGUACUGAGGUAGGCAAAUAAGGGGUCUGAUAUUCACAGUAUGUGCUAUGAUACCACUUUAACGGUCAUGGCUUUCCCCUGCCCUCAGGAAUCCUGGGAAGUGUAAUUUGUUAAUGGUUCUGUGAGAUUCGCCAUGGCGAAACUUACCGGAAGAAUUAAGAAAUCAAGAUAACAAAUUUUUAUAUAUUAAAGAAUGGAAAUGGUUUAUUGAAUAUAAGGAACCGCAGAAAGAGGGGGAAGAAAAUCAAGCUUUGAAAUGUCAAAAUGAUUGUAAAAUUAGUGAAAUGUAUAAACUUGAAAAGUAUAAAUAAAAAGUUUUUGUUUUUUUAAGGGCCUCAGGGAGAUGUUAGGAGACCCCCUGUUCCCCUCCCAGAGCUACAGAGCUAUUGGUUUAACAACCAACCCUUCUUCCCUGGGAACUCUGGAAAUUGCAGCUCUAGACCCUUAAGAAACCGCAUUUCCCAGGAUUCUCUGGUGCUAAAGUGGCACCAUAGAUUUAUAGUGCAGAUGUGGCCUUGGAAUGAGGCAGCUCCCUGUGCCAGAUUAUUGAAAUAUUAGUGCCUCCAUCCAAGUCUACCAAGUGACUUUGCUGUGCCUGCCCAGUCUCUUCCUUAUAGAGCAGAAUGAAUACGGAGUACCAAAUUGACUGAGGAUUAGAGAACUUGAGCCUAAGAUUUAAACUAAUUAGCUCCAGGGGAAAGCGUAAUAUUCAGCCUCUCCAUCCCAACACAAACACACCUGGCUACAUUAACUUUCACCUCCAAAAAGCAUCCCCUCUCACAGUCCUAGACCAUGAGCCAUUUCCUCACAUCUCCCCACUUUAUCCAGCCAAUCAGGGCUGAGGUGUGGGGCUGUUCUUUAAGGGUAAUCCAAAUUUUCCAAUGACUGUCCUCUGCAUAAGGGAAUCCCGGUGUCUCUUUACAAACACACACACACGCACAAAAUUCCAGUGCUCUUAUUUUGAGAGAGAAAGGGGGAGGGAACCAAUUUGUUUCUCCCCCC